AUUUUAUACAACUUAUUUGAUCAGAGCAAAUAAAUGUUCCUCAAAUUAAAUAAUCUGUUAACUGUUCGCAAUAAUUAUCAAGAUAAACGCGAAAAAAAAUAUCUGGUUAAUAAACAAAUAAAUCAUUAAAAAUAUCAAUAUGCUUGUAAGUGGUCAUAAAAUUUCCGUAUAAACAGGAAAAUAAAUGAAAAAAAUUAAUUCAAUAAUUAAAUAAAAACUUGAUAAUUAUUAAAUAUCCAAGUGUUUUUUUUUUUUUAUAAGAUUUAAAAUUAUUGUUAGUAGAAAUAUGGAUUCAAAAGUGGAUGUUGAACUGAAGAAAAACCCGCGGGAGGGAAUAAACCUUUUGAGUGCUUUUACACUUUCGUGGGUGUUAAAAAUUUUCUGGAAUGGAUACAAACGAGAGUUGGAGAUCGAGGAUCUUUCUCAGCCGCUGAAGGAGCAUAAAAGUAGUUUACUGGGUGAUAAUUUAGCGGCAGCGUGGGAUAAAGAAGUACAGUUGUAUGAUAUGAAUACGAAGCCAAAAAAGGAACCAGGCAAAUCGGAAAGCAAUGUGAAAGUUAAACAUAAAAAAAGUAAAACUCCUAGCUUGCAGAGAGCUUUAACUAAAGUUUUUGGUGCUCGCAUUGCUCUUUACGGAGUUGCGUUGGCUAUUCAGGAACUUGUUAUUCGAAUUCUUCAGCCUCUAGCGUUAGCCCAGCUGCUACGUUUCUUUACAACAUCAGACAUUAGCAAAACAGAAGCUUAUUUAUACGCAAGUGGAGUAAUAUUUUGCUCAGCAGCCAAUGUAUUUGUACUACACCCAUCCUUAUUGGCAAUAUUUCACAUGGGUAUGAAAAUGCGCGUAGCAUGCUGUUCGCUGAUUUACCGUAAGUCAUUGAAGAUAUCAAGAACAGCUUUAGGUGAGACGACAAUAGGCCAAGCAGUUAAUCUAUUAUCGAAUGAUGUGAACAGAUUUGACUUAACACCAGUUUUCAUCCACUAUCUUUGGAUCAGUCCCGUUGAGACUGUUAUUGUCACAUACUUGAUGUAUAAAGAAGUCGGUGUAGCUGCGAUAAUCGGAGUAGCGUCGUUGUUGAUGUUUAUACCUCUCCAGGGUUGGCUGGGCAAAAAAUCAUCUAUUUUCCGUUUUAAGACGGCUAUACGUACUGAUGAGAGAGUACGGUUGACAAACGAAAUUAUUAGUGGUAUCCAAGCUAUAAAAAUGUAUGCAUGGGAACAUCCAUUCAGCAAUCUAAUUGAAAAAGCAAGGAAGAAAGAAAUGCGAAUGGUAAAAUAUGGAUCGUAUGUACGAGGCGUUAUGUUGUCCUUUAUGUUGUUUUCAUCUCGUUUGUCGCUUUUUAUCACAAUGCUGGCUUACGUGUUAGCGGGCAAUCAAAUAACCGCUGAAAAAGUAUAUAUGUUGACGGCUUACUACAGUAUUUUACGUCAAACUAUGACGGUAUUCUUCCCACAAGGUAUUACUACAGUGGCUGAAACUUUGGUCUCGAUAAAACGUCUUGAGACGUUUUUGAUGACCGAAGAAAUAGAAAGGAAUGAUAAAGCACGUAAAAAGAGUCAACUCAACAAUAUUUAUUAUAAUGAUGAUAAUGAUAAGGAUUUGAAGGAUGAAAAAGCAGCGGAGCCUUUACUUCCUCAGAUUGAAGGAUCUGUAACACUAGAUGAUGUACAUGCUAAGUGGUUAGAUUCAGAUAAUGAAGAAACAUUGAAAGGAAUUAAUUUAAAUAUUAAACCUGGUCAAUUAGUAGUUAUUGUCGGCCAAGUUGGUUCGGGUAAAACGAGUCUACUUAAUACCAUUCUUAAAGAACUUCCAGCUCAUACAGGUACUGUUGAUGUGUGUGGUAAAAUUGCUUAUGCAAGUCAGGAACCCUGGCUGUUUGCUGGCUCAGUGCGUCAGAACAUACUUUUCGGACGACCAUGGGAUGCUAGAAAAUACGAUAAAGUGGUUAAAGUAUGCCAGCUGAAGCGAGAUUUCUCACUGUUUCCGUACGGCGACAAAACUAUCGUAGGGGAACGCGGGGUGAGUUUGUCUGGUGGACAGAGAGCUCGUAUCAAUUUAGCUCGAGCUGUUUACUCUGACGCACCGCUGUUCUUGCUAGACGAUCCGCUGAGUGCAGUAGAUGCUCAUGUCGGUAAACACAUGUUCGAAGAGUGUAUCGAAAGGUACUUACACGGCAAAACUAGAAUACUUGUUACUCACCAGAUACAAUUUUUGAGUAACGUUGAGAAGAUAAUUGUGAUGAAGGACGGUGUUAUUAUUGCAGAAGGUAGUUACAAUAAAUUAAUUCAAAUGGGAGUCGACUUCGGCCGAUUACUGGAGUCACCACAGGAAGAAGAAGAAGCAGAAGAUACUCUGUCUCUGGGGAGGAGCCGAAAAAAUUCAAGGCACGCAAGUGUCGCUUCGUUCAGUUCAUUCAUGACCAACGAAACUACAGGCCAGAUUCAAGCUGAACCUGAAGAAGUUGCUGAGAUGCGUACCAAAGGAUCUAUUGGAGGAUACGUUUACUCUUCUUUUUUCAAAGCGGGUGGGAACGGCUGCGUAUUAUUCACUGUAUUUUUACUGACUGUAAGUGCUCAAUUAGUAGCUAGUGGUAGUGAUUACUUUGUGUCCUUUUGGGUUAAUCUAGAACAAGACAAUAACAGUAAUUUUACCUUCAGUAAUUUAGUUCGUACUUCGAGUUCGACCCCUAAAUUAUCAGACCACGAUAGAAAUAUUUGUAUAUAUAUUUUUUCGGCACUAACAAUACUUACCGUAGUGAUAACAUUCACGAGAUCGUUUGCAUUUUUCGCAAUGUGUGUACGAGCGUCAGAGCGUCUACAUGACACAAUGUUCCGCAGUAUUAGUCGAGCUACAAUGAAAUUCUUCAACACAAAUACCUCAGGACGUGUACUGAACCGCUUUUCUCGAGACAUGGGUGCUAUUGAUGAAUCACUGCCCAUGACCUUGAUCGAUUGCAUACAAGUAGGCCUUACUCUCAUUGGUAUAGUUGUUAUUGUUGCGACCGCUAAUAUAUGGCUAUUAAUACCUACUAUUGUUAUUUUUUCCAUAUUCUACGGUAUGCGCAUUAUUUAUGUUUCAACAAGUCGUAGUGUAAAGCGACUGGAAGGUAUCACAAGAUCACCUGUUUUUAAUCAUCUCAGCGCGACGUUACAAGGUCUACCUACAAUACGUUCAUUCAACGCAGAAGAAGUGUUGACUAAAGAAUUUGAUAAUCAUCAGGACCUUCAUUCUACUGCCUGGUAUAUUUAUAUUGCAUCUUCACGAGCGUUUGGUUAUUGGCUGGAUGUUAUCUGCCUUAUCUACAUCAGCCUUGUGACUAUGAGCUUCCUAUUCAUGUCUACUGAAGAUGAUAAAAACUACGAAGGUGGUGAUGUCGGUUUAGCAAUCACUCAGAGCAUUGGAUUAACUGGAGUCUUCCAGUGGGGAAUGAGACAAGCUGCUGAAGUCGAGAAUCAAAUGACUUCAGUGGAGCGAGUGCUUGAAUAUACGAAUAUUGAGAGCGAACCUGCGCUUGAGAGUUUGCCAGAUAAAAAGCCUAAGGAUGACUGGCCACCUAGAGGUAAAGUUGAAUUCAAAAACGUUUAUUUGUCUUACUCGCCUUUAGAACCACCCGUACUCAAGAAUCUCAACUUUACUAUUGAACCGCAUGAAAAGAUAGGAAUUGUCGGACGCACUGGAGCAGGAAAAUCUUCUCUGAUAUCAGCUUUAUUCCGUCUCGCUGACAUUGAGGGUAACAUUGAGAUUGAUGGUAUAGAUACCGGUAAAAUUGGACUCCAUGAUUUUCGUACCAAAAUAAGUAUAAUCCCUCAGGAACCGUUUUUGUUCUCCGGUACAUUGAGAAGAAAUCUUGAUCCUUUUCGAGAUUAUCCUGACAGUAUUUUAUGGUCAGCGCUGGAAGAUGUCGAGUUAAAAGAAAUGGGUCUAGAAAGUCAUGUUAAUGAAGGAGGUUCUAAUUUAAGUGUAGGCCAACGGCAAUUGGUAUGUCUUGCUCGUGCUAUUGUGAGAAAUAAUAAAAUUCUUGUACUCGAUGAAGCGACAGCCAAUGUUGAUCCACGGACAGAUGAGUUUAUUCAGAAGACUAUUAGACGUAAAUUUGCCGAUUGUACAGUACUUACAAUAGCUCAUCGACUCAAUACUGUCAUGGACAGUGACAGAAUAUUAGUCAUGGACGCUGGCUCAGUUGUGGAAUUUGACCAUCCUUACAUUCUACUUGGAAACGAAAAUGGAUAUCUAUCAAAAAUGGUUAACGAGACCGGUGCAAUGAUGAUAGAAACAUUGAAAAAUUUAGUUUUUAAAUUUUACUUGGAAAUCGACGAUCUCUGUAGGCCAUUAAAAGAGCAUAAGAGCAGUUUAUUAGGUGAUAAGUUGGCUGCUGCGUGGGAAAAAGAAGUCAAAAAAUGCAACAAACUAAUUGAUAAUAAGGCAGAAAAAAUACCUAGUUUAAAAAAAGUAUUAUUUAAAGUUUUUGGCCCGCGCAUCGCUCUUUAUGGAGUUGCAUUAGCUGUUAUGGAACUCGUUCUAAGGAUGCUACAACCAAUAGCGCUAGCAAGGCUGCUCCGAUUCUUCACAACAUCAGAAUUAAGUAAAACAGAAGCAUUUUUAUACGCUGGUGGUGUAAUAUUAAGUUCGGCGAUAAAUAUAUUCGUAGGACACCCUUAUAUGUUGGCUAUUUUCCACAUGGGUAUGAAAAUGCGCAUAGCAUGCUGUUCACUGAUUUACCGUAAGUCAUUGAAGUUAUCAAGAACAGCUUUAGGUGAGACGACAACCGGCCAAGCGGUCAAUCUUUUGUCAAACGACGUCACUAGAUUUGACGUAGCGGCCAUAUUUGUUCACUACCUAUGGAUAAGUCCUGUUGCGACAAUCAUUGUAACUUAUUUGAUGUAUCAAGAAGUUGGUGUAGCUGCAAUAAUUGGAGUCGCGUCGCUUCUAUUAUUUAUUCCACUUCAAGGGUGGCUUGGAAAGCAAUCAUCAACACUACGUUUACGUACAGCAAAACGUACUGAUGAGAGAGUACAUUCAACCAACGAGAUUAUCAGCGGGAUUCAAGCUAUAAAAAUGUAUGCUUGGGAGCACCCAUUCAGUGAUCUCAUAAAAGGUAUUCGUAAAAAAGAAAUGGGUAUCAUUAGAUACGCUUCUUUUUUACGAGGUGUCACUAUGUCAUUCAUGAUGUUUGCAACACGCUUAUCGUUAUUCUUCACAAUAUUAUCUUGUGUGUUAUCAGGCAAACAAAUUACUGCUGAAAAAGUAUUUAUGGUGGUAGCGUACUACAACAUUUUACGCCAGAUAAUGACAAUAUUUUUCCCUAUAGGAAUUGCACAAGUAGCUGAGGCGCUAGUGUCGGUGAAACGUCUUCAGACAUUUUUAAUGUAUGAAGAAAUCGAGUUGGAUAAUAAAAAUAAUAAUAGAAGCGAUAAAAAUUCAAAUAAAAAUGAAAAUAUCCAAAAAGAUAAUGGUGUUGUGAUGUUCAAAAAUUUUCAUGCUAAAUGGUUCGAUGAAGACAGUGAAGAUACACUGAAAAGAAUCAAUUUGCAUAUUGAACCAGGUCAAUUAGUAGCUAUUGUCGGCCAAGUCGGUUCGGGUAAAACGAGUCUACUCAAUGCUAUUCUCAAAGAACUUCCAGCUCAUACAGGUACUGUUGAUGUGUGUGGUAAAAUUGCUUACGCAAGUCAAGAACCUUGGCUAUUUGCUGGCUCAGCGCGUCAAAAUAUACUGUUCGGACGACCAUGGGAUGCUAAAAAAUAUGAUAAUGUUGUCGGAGUAUGCCAACUAAAGCAAGAUUUCUUAUUGCUUCCAUACGGCGACAAAACUAUCGUCGGCGAACGCGGGGUGAGUUUAUCUGGUGGACAGAGAGCUCGUAUCAAUUUAGCUCGAGCUGUUUAUUCUGAUGUACCGCUGUUCUUGCUAGACGAUCCGCUGAGUGCAGUAGAUGCUCAUGUCGGUAAACACUUGUUCGAAGAGUGCAUCGAAAAGUACUUGCAUGGUAAAACUAGAAUACUUGUUACUCAUCAAAUACAAUUUUUGACUAACGUUGAGAAAAUAAUUGUGAUGAAGAACGGUGCUAUUACCGCAGAAGGUAGUUACGAUAAAUUAGUCGAAAUGGGAGUCGAUUUUGGACGAUUACUUGAGUCGAGUUCAGAGGACGAUGACGAAAAUAGUAUUAUUGGAUCAAACAGUCGUAGUAAUUCACGAAGCAGUAUGACUUCAUUCAUUUCUUCGAAAACCAAUGAAAUAGAACAAAAUCAAUUGGAACCCGCGGAAGUUGAGGAGUUCCGAUCCCGCGGAUCCAUUGGAGGGCAUGUUUAUUCUUCUUAUUAUAAAGCUGGUGGGAAUUGCUGUAUACUUUUUAUAAUAAUGCUACUGUUUGUUUUCUCUCAACUAGCUGCAAGCGGUAGCGAUUUUUUCAUUGCAUUUUGGGUUAACCUUGAACAAGGAUACAGUAAUAAUUUCUCAUUUAGUAAAUUACUGGGCAUGUCAAAUCAAACAACUUAUUCAGAAGACGAUAGAGACAUAUGUAUAUACAUUUUCGCUGGAUUGACUGUGCUUACAGUAGUGAUGACAUUGAUUCGAUCCUUUGCAUUUUUUGAACUAUGUGUAACUGCGUCUAAACGAUUACACGAUAAAAUGUUCCGUAGCAUUAGUAGAGCAACCAUGAGAUUUUUCAAUACAAAUCCUUCAGGAAGAAUAUUAAAUCGUUUUUCAAAAGAUAUUGGUGCUAUUGACGAAUUACUACCAAUGGCCAUGAUUGAUUGUAUUCAGAUUACGUUAUCACUUGUUGGUAUCAUUGUUGUUAUCUGUGUAACUAAUGUCUGGCUUAUAUUUCCUACUAUUUUAAUCUGUGCAACAUUCUACGGACUGCGAGUUGUUUAUGUCUCAACAAGUCGUAGUGUAAAACGGCUAGAAGGCAUCACAAGAUCACCCGUUUUUAGUCAUUUAAGUGCUACACUACAGGGUCUGCCUACAAUACGGUCUUUCAAUGCCGAAGAAAUACUCAUCAAAGAGUUUGAUAAUCAUCAGGAUCUUCAUUCAUCCGCGUGGUAUAUUUAUAUUGCGUCGUCUCGAGCUUUUGGAUUUUGGCUUGACUUGGUUUGUCUCGUUUACAUCAUUUGUGUAACAAUGAGCUUUUUAUUACUUUCUGAUAAUAAGAAUAAUGUCUAUAGGGGUGGUGACGUAGGCCUGGCAAUUACGCAGAGUAUUGCAUUGACUGGGAUGUUCCAGUGGGGAAUGAGACAGAGCACUGAGGUAGAAAAUCAAAUGACUUCAGUGGAACGUGUACUUGAGUACACAAAUAUUGAGAGCGAACCUGCUCUUGAGAGUUUACCAAGUAAAAAACCUAAAGAUGACUGGCCAACCAGAGGGAAAAUUGAAUUCAAAAAAGUUUACUUGUCUUAUUCGCCGCUAGAAUCACCAGUACUUAAAAAUCUCAACUUUAUCAUUGAGCCACGUGAAAAGAUAGGAAUCGUCGGUCGCACCGGAGCUGGUAAAACUUCUAUGAUAUCCGCAUUAUUUCGUCUUGCUGACAUUGAGGGAAAUAUUGAGAUUGAUGCCGUCGACAUCGGUGAAAUUGGACUUCAUGAUUUCCGCUCCAAAAUAAGUAUAAUUCCUCAGGAACCUUUCUUGUUCACAGGCUCAUUGAGAAAAAAUCUUGAUCCUUUCGAACAGUAUUCUGACCACAUACUUUGGUCAGCACUUGAAGACGUUGAGCUAAAAGACAUGACUCUUGACGAACAUAUAAAUGAAGAAGGUUCCAAUUUAAGUGUCGGACAACGGCAAUUGGUAUGUCUUGCUCGUGCUAUUGUGAGAAAUAAUAAAAUUCUUGUACUCGAUGAGGCGACAGCCAAUGUUGAUCCACGAACAGAUGAGUUUAUUCAGAAGGCCAUAAGACGCAAAUUUGCCGAUUGCACAGUACUUACAAUAGCUCAUCGACUCAAUACUGUCAUGGACAGUGAUAAGAUAUUAGUCAUGGACGCCGGUUCAGUUGUAGAAUUUGAUCAUCCGUAUAUUUUACUUCAAAAUGAAAAUGGUAAAUUAUCAAAUCUGAUUCAAGAAACCGGAACAUUAAUGAUCGAAGCGCUAAAAAAUGUUGCCAAACAAAAUUACGAUCUUCGUGAGCAGUCGUUUGCAACUGUUUAA